GAACCCGAACCGAAAACGAAAUGUGACGACGACGAGGACGAGACGGACGACGUUGGACGAAUUCAUUAAGAUCUGUCAGGAAAAUGGGUUCUCGAACCAUUUCAAUUCCAAUUUUCGCGUUUUUCAUUCUUUUGGGCGGUUUUGCUUGGUGUUUCGAUACUAGACCGUUCGAUGACACAAUCCUUUUUAAAAUCAAUUGGCCAGGAGCGGGUGACAUACCGGAGCUCCCUGGUACGGAGUCUAUGCUUGUAACUACUGAAAAUCUCGAAAAGUAUCAAUGUCUCCUGCCAGAAAUUCACGACAAACCAAAGAGUGAAGCGGAGCUUUACACCGGUCCCAAUCCUUUACACCUAUUACUGCCUUUGUUUUUACAAACAGCGUGUUCUUACAAGCCGGAAUCAUAUUGGACCUAUGAGAUUUGUCAUGGUCUUCACGUUCGUCAAUACCAUGAAGAAAGAGAAGGGAAGAAAGUGAAGUUACAGGAAUACAUCCUAGGGCGCUGGGACUCUUCAAUGACGAGACUUCUUCAUGAAGAGCUUCAAAAGACUGAUGAGAAUGGAGAGAAAGUAUUUUUCUCGAAAGAUUUACCCACUAAGAAAAUUGAUGGUCUCAAUUUGCCCUAUUUCCAAAUCAACAUGACUGAUGGUACAUUGUGUGACCUUAAUGACAAGCCUCGCAUCACUCGGGUUCUUUAUGUUUGUUAUCACUCUGGGAAACAUGAAGUUUACUCAUUUAAAGAAACUUCAAUUUGUGAAUAUGAGGCAAUUGUCUUGUCUCAGCUGCUUUGUGAGCAUCCCAAGUACAAGCCUCAAACAACAAGUGAAAACAUCAUAAACUGUCAUGCUCUAGAUUCUUCUCCCAAAAAGCCCAGGAAUCUGUUACAACUGGAGGCCGAGAGCUUAAAAUUGCGACAUACCAAAGCACCAGAUGAUGGUCAGAAGAAAAUUUAUGCAGUUUCGGUUGAUGUUGGACAGGAUGGCGAGCAACAUGUCCAUGUCGAAAUCCUUCCUGUUGAGAUGUUAGACACUGAGGACACAGUAUCUCCUCCUCUCCUGAAUACACGAACUCCAGCUGAUACUACACCUGCUCAAGACUUUCUGUCUGGAAAAAGGUGUCUCACAGGUGGUUCAUCAUCUUGGUGGAAAUAUGAAUUCUGUUAUGGUAGGCAUGUAGAACAGUAUCAUAUUGACGCUGGUUCUAGCAGUAAGACGACUGUACAGUUAGGCUUCUUCAAUGCCGAGCGUCAUAUAGAAUGGCUCAAACAAAACCCCCACAAACAACCAAAGCCUGUUGCUAUUCGCAAACAGAUAUCCCACUUUUACUCUGGAGGCACCCCUUGUGACAAGACAGGGCGUCCAAGGCACACUGAGGUUAAGUUGAAGUGUCCAGAUCAGAGUCCAAGUCCAGGGUCAGUUUCUCUCUACCUAAUGGAGCCAAGAACAUGUGAAUACAUCCUUACUGUAGAGUCUCAACUCAUUUGUGAUCUACUUCCGCUUGCGGAUGAACAUGGGCUCAUCAAAGUUCUCAAAACAGAGGAUGAUGAAGUGACUGUUGAUGAUGAGGACGAUGUUACACCUGUUGAAGGUGAAAGCGCUGUUGGGCCUGAUGAUCGCACUGCUGCUGAGCAAAGAAGAACAAUGAGCAAUGCAGACCCAUAUCCCAUUGGAGGGAGGCAGUAGAAAAUUGCACAAAUAGCUUUAUGGGUUUCUAGAUAGUUGUUGUAUGGUGCUUAUACUUUUCUGUGAAAUUUCAUUUGUGUUUGUAUCAUAGUUUUGAUUCUUUUAAUGUGUGUUCUGUCAAGCCAGGUAGCUGUAUUACUGUAUUAUCAUGUCCACUAGCCUUUCUAUGUUCAUUAUUAAAUUGUUACUUGAGUCAUGGGAUAGAAUAUGUAUUAAAUGUACAUACUUUUUUGUGCUUACUAUAGUUUAUUUCUACACGCAAGUGAUUGUACAUGUCUUAGUAGUGUAAGAUUACUGACUGAUUGUGAUAUACAAUGAUAUGCAAAUUUGUGAUGUCUGUAAAUUUUGAUCAUCAUGUUACCGUUGCUUUAUCGGUAGAACUUUUCUACUUUUCUAAAGCACUUUUCAAUGAGAAGGGUUCACUGUAAAUAAAUUGUGGCAUUUGUGUUGAAGGCA